AUGGAUAAUGGAACCCCCAAGUAUAGAAUACUUAUUCCUUACGAACAUCCCGAACUAGAAAAGCAAGAGAAAAUUGAUGUUGAGGUUAGGAUUAACAAUAGACAUUUUGAAAAGGGUUAUUGCUAUGAAAUAUCCUUUAUAGAUAGUGAAAGUUUGCCGUAUAAACCAUCAUCAGAUAAAAACAGCACUAAAUAUAAAGAGGGCCGAAAGUUCAUUGAGGAUUUAGAAGCAGAGUUUAAUAAAAAGACUGGUAAAGAAGCCAUUGUUAAUCGCACUUCUCAACAGGAGCAAGAGUUGAAAGAUAAAAAACAACAAUUAGCCGAAUUAGAGAACCAACAACAGACAGGAGGAGACCCUAAAAAGCCUACUAAUUACUGGCCUUGGAUAAUCGGAGGAGUUAUUUUAGUUCUGCACCCUCCUAUUAUAGUCCUAAUUAUCAAGGAGGGGAACAAGAAAUUAAAGGUAUUUUUAGAAGAAAGAGAAAUACCUGAACAGGGUGAUAGUAAAAGAAUUAGUUAUAAUUUGGUUAAGACUUUGGAAGUUCCUGAAUAUCAAUUAGGUCUUCAGCCCACCGACUAUAAUUUCUGUGCUUGGUUAAGAGACACCAAACAUCUAACUCCUGAACAAGUUCUAAACCACUCUAACGAACAAGAAUUAAGACAAGAAUACCAAACACAAACUCAAAUCAAAGAAAUUGCCGUUCAGCAACAACCUCCUAAAUAA